ACUUUAAAGAGGAAGGAGAAGGAGUAUGAACACGAGAUGGAGCGGCUGGCCAGAGAGAAGAUCGCUACCCAGCAGCGACUGGCGGAACUGAAGAACGAGCUGAGCCAGUGGAUGGACAUCCUGGAGAUCGACAGAAUUAUCCGACAGACAGUUCAGCCGGAGGAUGACCAGGCAUCUACCUCCACAGCAUCAGAGGGUGAAGACAACAUGGAUGAGGACAUGGAAGAUGACAGGCCAGUGAACUCGUUACCAAAACUAACCCAGCGCCAGCACCCGGAGCUGCUGAAAGCCGUCCCUUCCGCCGCUGCUCCCCACCACCCGGCGGUUCUGCCCCAGCACCUCUCCAUCCAGCAGAAACAGCCCCCCGCGCACGCACCGCCUCCCAUCCAGACACAAGCACUGGUCCAGCCGCAGGCGAUCGUCCCCGCACAGACAGUGCAAUCGACUGUUAUUGCCCACACCGCCACUACCCACGCCUCGGUCAUCCAGACUGUCAACCACGUGAUUCAGGGUCCACAGACCAAGCACAUUGCUCACAUUGCACCUUCCACCUCCAGCCCCGUGCAACUCACCACUGCUGCUCAGCCCAUCGGCCACAUCACUGUGCACCCGGCCACCAUCAACCACAUGGCCCACCUGGGCCAGCAGCUGCCCAUCUACCCCCAGCCCGUGGCCGUCAGCCAGCCCGUGGUGAGCCACAUCGCCCACACCAUCUCGCACCAGCAAGUGAAUGGAACCACAAACCUGGGCCAGCAAGCGAUGAUGGCCAAGCCUGCUGUAGGAACCCAGGUUGUCCAUCACCCGCAGCUGGUUGGGCAAACGGUCCUAAACCCGGUGACUAUGGUGACCAUGCCGUCAUUCCCAGUGAGCACGCUGAAGCUGGCCUAG